GCAACCCCAAAUGGCGAUCUUCACAACCCUAACCAAUGCCAACUCCGCCGUCCCCCUCAUCCUCCUCCUCAUCUUAAACCUCCUAACACCUCUUGCCUCAUCCCUCUCGUCAGACUCCGUCGUCUCCGAACUCUCUGCCCUCCAAUCCCAAUCCUCCACCGGCGUCAUCCACUUAACCGAUCCUCUCCUUCGCCGCAUCCUCUCCCUUCCCACCCCUCGUCCAUUCCACUUCCUCCUCUUUUUCGACGCCCAAUCGCUUCAUUCCAAGGCUGAACUCUCCCUUCCUACCCUCAAAUCUGAAUUCGCACUCGUCUCUUCCUCUUUCUACACAAACAAUCCAGACCAGAAAGGACUUAUCUUCUUUUUUGAAAUCGAAUUUCAAGAAUCCCAGUCGUCUUUCGCCCUUUUUGGGGUCAACUCCCUCCCCCACAUUCGCCUAUUUCCACCUUCAGCUACUGAUCUGAAGAAAGAUUCAAUCCCAAUGGACGCCUCAGACUUUUCGAGAUUGGCUGAAUCGAUGGCUGAGUUUAUCGAAUCAAGGAGUAGGCUUUCUGUGGGGCCCGUUCAUCGCCCACCCAUUGUUUCCAAGAAACAGAUCGCGUUUAUAGCAAUUGCAAUUUUGAUUUGGACACCAUUUUUUCUGAAGAAAUUGAUAGCUGGGAACACUGUUUUGCACGAUAAGAACAUUUGGAUGGCUGGGGCGAUUUUUGUGUACUUCUUUAGUGUAUCAGGAGCGAUGUUUAAUAUAAUUAGAAAAAUGCCCAUGUUCUUGCUUGACAGGAAUGAUCCGUCGAAGCUGGUUUUCUUUUACCAGGGAUCUGGGAUGCAGUUAGGAGCUGAGGGUUUUGCAGUCGGGUUCUUAUAUACAAUCGUAGGACUUCUGUUGGCUUUUGUUACUCAUGUGCUGAUUAGGGUUAAAAACAGGACUGUACAGAGAGUGACAAUGAUUAUUGUGCUGUUAGUGUCGUUCUUGGCAGUCAAGCAGGUGGUUUUCCUGGAUAAUUGGAAGACGGGCUAUGGAAUUCAUGCAUACUGGCCUUCUAGCUGGCAGUAAUGGCAUUGCGGAAGUAGAGAUUGAAGAUGUUAUCUUCACUUAGGUAAGAGGUUUAUACCAGUUUGAAUAUGUAGAAGACUUCGUUCAAAGUAUAGCUCAUAAAGAUAUCCAAACUUGAGCAUUUUACUUGAAUGGAUUUUUAAUUUCUUGAAACAUUUUAGUAUACCGUACCAGAUACUCUAUUUUGGUGGUGUUGUAUUGAUUUUGUUAUUGGUCUGUAUCAUUUACUAAAUUAUGGGUGCUGAAAAUUUUGCAUU